AUGUCCGUGGACAGCAGCAGCACGCACCGGCGCCGCUGCGUCGCCGCGCGCCUGGUGCGCCUCGCGGCUGCCGGCGCCGCAGUCACCGUUGCUGUCGGCACCGCGGCCGCGUGGGCACACGCCGGUGCGCUGCAGCACCGCUGCGUCCACGACGCGAUGCAGGCACGCGUGCGGCAGUCGGUGGCGGACCACCACAAGGCCCCCGGCGCGGUGUCCGCGGUGGGUCUGCCGUACGUUACUCUCGACGCCGCGCACACCGCGGCCGCCGCCGAUCCCAGGCCGGGCAGCGCGCGCAGCGUCGUGCGCGACGUGAACUGGGGCGCGCUGCGCAUCGCCGUCUCCACCGAGGACCUCACCGACCCCGCCUACCACUGCGCUCGCGUCGGGCAGCGUGUCAACAACCACGCCGGCGCCAUCGUCACCUGCACCGCCGAGGACAUCCUCACCAACGAGAAGCGCAACAUCCUGGUCAAGUACCUCAUCCCGCAGGCGGUGCAGCUGCACAAGGAGCGGCUGAAGGUGCAGCAGGUGCAGGGCAAGUGGAAGGUGACGGACAUGGUCGGCGAGAUCUGUGGCGACUUCAAGGUGCCGCAGGCGCACAUCACCGAGGGCUUCAGCAACACCGACUUCGUGAUGUACGUCGCCUCCGUGCCGAGUGAGGAGGGUGUGCUGGCGUGGGCCACGACCUGCCAGACGUUCUCUGACGGCCAUCCAGCCGUGGGCGUCAUCAACAUCCCCGCGGCGAACAUUGCGUCGCGGUACGACCAGCUCGUCACGCGUGUCGUCACGCACGAGAUGGCGCACGCGCUCGGCUUCAGCGGCCCAUUCUUCGAGGACGCCCGCAUCGUGGCGAACGUUUCGAACGUUCGAGGCAAGAACUUCGAUGUUCCCGUGAUCAACAGCAGCACGGCAGUGGCGAAGGCGCGCGAGCAGUACGGCUGCGACACCUUGGAGUAUCUGGAGGUGGAGGACCAGGGCGGUGCGGGCUCCGCCGGGUCGCACAUCAAGAUGCGCAACGCGCAGGACGAGCUCAUGGCGCCUGCUGCAGCUGCCGGGUACUACACCGCCCUGACCAUGGCCAUCUUCCAGGACCUCGGCUUCUACCAGGCGGACUUCAGCAAGGCCGAGGUGAUGCCGUGGGGCCAGAACGCCGGCUGCGCCUUCCUCACCAACAAGUGCAUGGAGCAGAACAUCACGCAGUGGCCGGCGAUGUUCUGCAAUGAGAGCGAGGACGCCAUCCGCUGCCCCACCAGUCGUCUCCUCCUCGGAACGUGUGGUAUAAGGGAAUACGAACUGCCGUUGCCGCGAUACUGGCAGUACUUCACCAACGCGUCUCUUGGGGGCUACUCGCCAUUCCUGGACUACUGCCCGUUUGUUAUCGACUACGCUGAUGGCUCGUGCAAUCAGGACGCAUCGUCGGCAGAGGAGUUCUUCACUGCAUUCAACGUCUUCUCUGACGCGGCGCGCUGCAUCGAUGGUGCCUUCAGACCGAAGGCAACUAACGGCAUAGUCAAGUCGUACGCCGGCCUGUGCGCCAACGUGCAGUGUGACACGGCCACACGCACGUACAGCGUGCAGGUGCACGGCAGUAACGACUACACCAACUGCACGCCGGGCCUCAGAGUUGAGCUGAGCACCGUGAGCAAAACCUUCGAGGAAGGCGGCUACAUCACGUGCCCGCCGUACGUGGAGGUGUGCCAGGGCAACGUGCAGGCUGCCAAGGACUUUGAUGGCGACUCCGACAGCUCCAGCAGCUCCAGUGACGCUGCCGACAAGGCGGCGAUUGAGCGGUGGAAUGAGAGGAUGGCCGGCCUGGCUACUGCGGCGACGGUGCUGCUAGGAGUAGUUCUCUCUCUCAUGGCACUCGUCGUGGUGUGGCUACUGCUUGUCAGCUGCCCCAGGUGGUGUUGCAAAGUUGGGGGGCUCCCGACGUGA